CCGAGAGAAAAUCGGAACGGGGAUACGGGAAGGAGAUGAAGGCAACGACAGGCGGUUUUCCGAAUGGUUUUCGGCCGCUUCUCGUUUCAGGAUAAUGAAUGACUGCGUCCUCACAGAGGUCUCUGUUAGCCGCCUCUAGUGGUGGAGACGGCUAGAAGGAGGAGUUCCCGUGGCGCGUGACUGAGGACAGGAGAAGGAUGAUUUCGAGGAGGAUCGUGUCGUUUCUGCUCUUCGUCACCGUCGUCUCUCCUCUCAUACUCUUCAAGGAGAGGCUAGGGACGUUCACUCAGUUUCCCGCUAACCGGGAAAUCGAUGAGGAAAUAACAGUUGCGGAGUACCAAAGCAGGAAGAAAGAGUUAAUUGGAAAUAUUCAUCUACAUACUUCCAGUGGUUCCUUACCCAAAUUUAACUCUACUGAAUCUGAUUCUAUUCUGGAAUAUUUUGGAGAGCAUAAAUCUAGGGUUCUAUCAGCAGCUGACAAUGGUGCUCACUCUGGUGUGGCCACCGGUGGAAAUGAAAGUCACAUUGAUCAAAUAACAAGUCAGAUACGUGAGAAUGCUCAUAUAGAACAGGUAACGAGUCAGUAUCAUAAAGAAAAAGAUGACAGUGUACAAAAAUCUAAUGCGAAUGCAAAAAUUGAUCAAGCAAGCAACAAGGCAUUUGAUCUUUCUGAAGAGGAAAAGAAAGAAAAGGCAGAUUUUGUGAAUAAAGAAGAAAAAGCAAAAGAAGUAAGAGUGCAGGUUCUCCCAAGAAAGCAGAGAGAAGAAGCGGCAUUUGGAGGCUUGCACAAGACGAUGGAGACAAAUGAGUUGGAGAAUAAUGGUCGAAGAAGGUCUCGUAAGGCCCCUAGUGAAAGGCAGAUCAGUUCACCACCUAUGCCAGAUGCUAAUGUUCGGCACAUGAAAGAUCAGCUGAUCAGGGCAAGGGUCUACGAAAGUUUUGGAUCUGUCUGGACUGACCAUAACUUUAUUAGAGAAUUAAGAACUAGGGUAAAGGAGAUUCAGCGUGCACUCGGCGACGCAACAAAAGAUUCUGACUUGCCAAGGAAUGCCUAUGAGAAACUGAAGGCAAUGGAGAAGACUUUGGCCAGAGGUAAGCAGAAUCAGGAGGAUUGUUCCGGUGUGGUAAAAAAACUUCGUGCCAUGCUUCAGUCCACAGAGGAGCAGAUGCAAGCGCAGGAGAAGCAGACCAUGUUUUUAAAUCAGCUUGCAGCAGAGACACUUCCAAAAGGUCUUCACUGUCUUCCACUUCGUCUUUCUUCAGAAUAUUACUCACUGAACCGAAGCCAACAAGAGCUCCCGUACCAGCAGAAGCUGGAAGACUCCAACCUCUAUCAUUAUGCUUUGUUCUCAGAUAAUGUGUUGGCAACCUCGGUGGUUGUAAACUCAACUAUAGUGCACGCCAAGGAUCCUGAGAAACAUGUUUUCCACAUUGUUACUGAUACGGUGAACUAUGCAGCUAUGAAGAUGUGGUUUCUCGCUAACCCCCCUGGAGAUGCGGCUGUCCAGGUUCAAAAUUUGGACGAAUUUACAUGGCUUAAUGCAAGUUAUAGCCCAGUACUCAUGCAACUUGGUUCACCAUCCAUGAAAGACUACUACUUCAGAGGCCACCCCACAAACAUUGACACUGACUUGAAGUAUCGAAAUCCAAAGUACAUUUCAAUUCUGAAUCAUUUGCGAUUCUAUUUACCAGAGAUCUUCCCAAAGCUCCAUAAGGUGCUUUUCUUGGAUGAUGACGUUGUUGUUCAGAAGGAUCUGACCCCACUGUGGUCAAUUGAUCUUCAAGGCAAGAUCAACGGGGCAGUUGAAACAUGUCAAGAAAGCUUCCAUCGGUUUGACAAGUAUCUCAAUUUCUCAAAUCCUCUAAUCGCGAAAAAUUUCGAUCCUCAGGCAUGUGGAUGGGCCUAUGGAAUGAAUAUUUUUGAUUUAAAACAAUGGAGAAAGCAUAACGUGACUGAGCUGUAUCAUUCGUGGCAGAAACUGAAUCACGAGAGACUGCUGUGGAGACUGGGAACGUUGCCUCCUGGUUUGCUAACGUUUUGGAAGCAAACAUUUGCACUAGAAAGGUCUUGGCACGUUCUGGGCCUUGGCUAUAAUCCGAGCAUCGAUCCGAAGGAAAUUGAGCGAGCAGCAGUGAUACAUUAUAAUGGAAACAUGAAACCCUGGCUUGAGAUCAGCAUGCCGAAGUACCGCCAGUAUUGGACUAAUUAUGUCGACUAUGAUCAGGCUUAUCUUCGAGAGUGCAACAUCAAUCCUUAAAGCCAUGCGAAGGCCUGUUGGACCUUCGUGAUCUGACAGCAAUUUUGCAGGUUUGAUUCUUUGUAUAUUUCAUAAUUGAGAGCUUCGGCCUCUGCACAAGCUUUUAGAGGUAACACGUCGUGUAAUUUACGAGGCUCGACCAGUGUACCAUUUCACGGCGAGCUCCUGGCAAACUUUUUUCGUUUUCCUUUUUGAAUGCUGAGAUCGCCUAUUGACCGUAUUUAUCGCCCUGAUGGUUUAUUUUCCCUCAAUCUCUGUAGAAGAUUUAAACUUGCCCCUCUCACCGAUGAAGAUCAAAUCUGACGCAUGACCUGUCGCAUUUGACUUGCUUUUCAAAAUAAUUUAGACUGACCAUGAAUUUAGAAGCCUAAAGAUCAGCCGACACAAUGUACUCUUCACAAAUUAUUCGUAAGAGGAAAAAAUUAGUUUCAUGAAAAAUUGAAAAAUAAAUAGUUUUUUUUUAUAAAAAAAUUACGGGUUCUUGUUUUAUUGAUUUGUGAAAAGUUUUAGAGGUGAUCCUGGAGCUUUUCAUAAGAAUAAUUUAAAUAUUUUAACGAGAUCUAUUUGUAUCUUGUUCAAAUUUUAUAUAUAGUAUUCUCUAAAUUAACUCAGGUUAGGCAUGAGAUUAUUGGCCAUAAAAUCCCCAAAAUCAAAGAUGCUCUAAUCAUAUACAUAUCCCAAUUGGUCCUCGUGGGUCUGAACGCUGCACAUUUAAGAUGAAAACGCCUUGGUUGCUUCGCGAAGACGAUCUCUAUCCGAUCAAGCCUGAGAUGAUUGAUGUCCUGCACGCAUGGUAGGUAGAGACAUACAGAUAUGGAUUACGAUCCUCCUGUCAGUUAUCUUUGAUAUACCUUCAACAGCGUGGGAGGAACUCAGGACUACCGAUCGUGGAUUAUAAUCGUUCAAGAUCAGUUUCGGGCAUAUAAUAUCAUUUAUCUUAAUCUACUAUCUAAUUUCUUGUGUGAUCUUAAUCUCCUAGCUCACCAAGGAAACUAAAGUCUCCUGAAUGUAUAAAUUGGCAACUGUCAGCGGUGCUGAGUUAUCUAUUAAAUUAUACAUGACCAGAACCGACUAGGACUCUACCUUCUAUACAAACCUCUCGUAGCAGGUGGCUAUCUUACACUUGGCGUUUCUGAUGCUUUGGGUA